AGCAAUUGUCCUUUUUUCUUUCUUUUGUUUGGUAAAUAUAAUGAAAGUAUACGGUGAGAUUCAACUAAUAAUUCUGCAGGAAUUUGAAAAAUGGCACCAUUAAUAAAUGAUUACUCAAAAGGAAGAGCAAACUUAAUACCGUUAAAGUGGUCAGUUUCUUGUUUGCGUCGGUGGCUUUCAGUAAAACCUUUUGCUAGAUCUCUUCCCUCGUUUUCUUUCCUUCUUGCUAAUAUCCUUACUCUUUCCCCUGUCAAUUUGGAAUUCGAUUCUGAAAAAGGCGCUUAAAUUGUUACCAUUUAUAGUAUGCAGUAGAAGGGCUAAGUGUUUUUUUUGUUCUAGCUUUCCGGGGUAGAGAAGAAGGUUUUAUUAAUGAGGCGGAGAGGUCCAGAUUUCCGGCGGCCGGUGAGGCGGCGAUUCUCGAAUGUCUUCUGGUUAACCCUUUUUGGGUUAUUAAUUUUGCUGCUAAUUAUCAUGCUGAGCAGAGAUAGCCAUGAGCCCACCUCGAGAUCGCCAUUAAAUAAGAGACCUUUUAGACAUGACAGAAGUGUAGAAGGCUUAAACAUUACCGAAGAAAUGUUGAGCGCUGAUUCCGUUGCAAGGCAACUGAAUGAUCAGAUUUCUCUUGCCAAGGCAUUUGUUGUAAUUGCAAAAGAAAGUAACAAUCUCCAAUUUGCAUGGGAACUCAGUGCUCAAAUACGUAAUUCACAAGUCCUCCUCUCAAAUGCUGCCUUGAGAAGAACUCCGUUGACUGUUGGAGAAUCAGAAGCAUCAAUUCGUGAUAUGGCCCUCUUGCUCUACCAAGCACAACAGCUACUUCAUUAUGACAGUUCAACGAUGAUCAUGAGACUGAAAGGUAAAAUCCAAGGUCUUGAGGAACAGAUGAAUUCCAUCAAUGAGAAGAGUUCGAAAUUUGGACAAAUAGCCGCUGAAGAAGUUCCCAAGAGCUUGUAUUGUCUUGGUGUUCGGCUGACAACUGAAUGGUUCAAGAACUCAAAUUUACAGAAGAAAUUGAACAGUGAAAGUAAUACAGCUGCGAAACUGGUAGAUAACAAUCUGUACCACUUCUGUGUCUUUUCUGAUAAUGUCCUUGCGACUUCAGUGGUUGUGAAUUCCACCGCUCUGAAUUCGAAAAAUCCUGAUAUGGUUGUCUUUCACCUUGUCACUGAUGAGGUGAACUACGCUGCAAUGAAGGCCUGGUUCAGCAUGAACAGCUUCCGAGGUGUGAUUGUUGAUGUCCAAAAGUUUGAAGAUUUUAGCUGGUUGAAUGCUUCUUAUGUUCCUGUUUUAAAGCAGCUUCAAGACUCCGAAACUCAGAGCUACUACUUUUCUGGCAGUGGUGGUGAUAACCGGACACCAAUUAAAUUCAGAAAUCCCAAGUAUCUGUCCAUGCUUAACCACCUCAGGUUCUACAUACCAGAAGUGUUUCCGGCUCUGAAGAAGCUAGUUUUUUUGGAUGAUGAUGUCGUUGUUCAGAAGGACCUGUCACCUUUGUUCGCCAUCGAUCUAAAUGGCAAUGUCAAUGGUGCUGUUGAGACAUGCAUGGAGACUUUCCAUAGAUACCACAAGUACUUAAACUAUUCUCAUCCUUUAAUACGUACUCAUUUUGAUCCUGAUGCAUGUGGUUGGGCAUUUGGGAUGAAUAUAUUUGACCUAGUUCAGUGGAGAAAAAGGAAUGUCACCGGCAUUUAUCACUACUGGCAGGAAAAGAAUGUAGAUAGGACAUUAUGGAAACUUGGUACGCUCCCACCUGGGUUAUUGACCUUCUACGGGUUGACAGAGGCAUUGGAUCCUUCUUGGCAUGUGUUGGGGUUGGGGUACACAAAUGUUGAUGCCCAAUUGAUAGAAAAAGGUGCUGUGCUCCAUUACAAUGGGAACUCAAAACCUUGGUUGAAGAUUGGGAUGGAGAAGUACAAACCUCUCUGGGAGAAAUAUGUGGAUUAUGGUCAUCCUCUACUACAACAGUGCAAUUUUCAUUGAUAACAUACACUUUUGUCUGUUUUCAUUACCGCCCACAGAGGGACUGCAGGUUUUUACAUGCAGAAAAAUCCAUAGGAAGUGCGAAGAUAUAGGAACUCAGUUCUAGUCCUUCGAAAAUGUUGUUGUAUGAUUCUUACCUUCAGUACCACUUCAAGUAGAAAAUAUAUUCAUUUUUCCUAUGAAAUUUAUGUCGUUCAACAUUACUUUUGAGAUAAUGCCACACCUGAUGUUCUCAUUAUGGAAGAAUACAUUGAUGGCAUUCCUCUGCCAUAAUGUGUACAGUUCUGAUUAUUCUUUGUUACCCCAUUUAAUGAUUAAUUAUUUC